AGCUCAGGCACUACUGCUUCUCAAGCUGCUCGUACCAGCUCGAGCUCUGCUUACUGUUGCGUAGGAAAGGGGACUGCUGUGCCUCGACACACAACGUCAGCAGAUGGUGCGGGAGGAAUAUGUCACCACUACCCAGGGCAGCAGCGUGCCUAGGCCGGUGCCCGAACACGUCUACAAGAUCGGCAUCUAUGGCUGGAGGAAGCGCUGUCUCUACCUGUUUGUCCUGUUGCUCAUCGCCAUCCUGGUGGUCAACUUUGCCCUCACCAUCUGGAUCCUCAGGGUGAUGUGGUUCAACACGGAAGGGAUGGGACUCCUACAAGUCCACUCUGAUGGGGUAAAGCUGGAGGAGGGUGAGUCUGAGUUUCUGUUUCCUGUCUACGCUGAGGAGAUCCACUCCAGAGAAGACUCUUCGCUCCUUGUGAACUCACUACAAAAUGUUUCCCUUAAUGCCCGCAAUGAAAAUGGUGAUGUCACAGGGAGGACAUUUGUGGGUCCAAAAGAGGCUCAGGGACACACUCCGAAUCUGCUCAUUAACUCCCACAAUGACAACAUGCUGUUCACUGCAGAUGGCGAACAGACUGUGAUUGGACCAGACAAACUACGCAUCACAGGUCCCGAAGGAGCGCUGUUCCAGCAUUCAGUGGAGGUUCCCCUGCUGAGGUCUGAACUUUUCAAAGACCUGAGGUUGGAGUCUCCUACUCGCUCUCUCAGUUUGGACGCACCAAAAGGAGUUCAUAUGAAAGCCCUGGCUGGUGACAUUGAGGCUGCUUCCAACAUGGAUAUCAUUCUACAGUCAAGUGUAGGACUGCUGGUGCUGGAUGCUGAGACUGUGAGCAUGCCGAGCCUGCCCCUGGGCCAAGGAGGGGUUUCUGGAAAUGCUCAGGAUCUCUAUGAGGUCUGUGUCUGUCCCAGCGGCAAGCUCUUCCUGUCCAAGGCAGAGGUCACCUCCACUUGCAGCGAGAACCAGGAGUGCUAGAUAGACUCUGACAAGGUAAUCGAUUUUCCAUCUCUCAGAAGAGUUGUCUUCUGGGAGGCAACAAGCACAACAGUUCAUAUCCAGUCAGAGUCUUUUUUAAAAUCUUUAUACCAUAGUGGAUCACACUGGAACGUUGAGGCUGGUAAAAAUACAAUGACUGCUGGUGUACAUGUCGGAUAUGUCAUGAAAUGCAUCCUUUUAGUUGCAUUUAUGACCUUCUAACCAUUCAGCUGAAACAAAUUGGCACUCAGUAUCAAAUUCACUCCUGCAUCAGAGCUUUUAAAGUAUUUUUUACACACACACACACAGUAUCAUGGCUGGGCAAUGAGGAGCUGGUUAACAGCUUACAUCCUAUGCAAUAUUAUCUUGUGGUGCAAUAAAUAAAAUUGACACAUAUCGAGGGCUUGGAGUGAUCAAAAAAUGUCAGAAUGUAAUAAAAAAUAUUUUUGGGGUUUACUUACACCCUUCUGACUCCAAGUCCUUGGUAAGUAGUGUUUUUGUUUCGGUGUAUAGCAUGUUUUAUUUGAUU